CAACGUGAAGUAGCUUCGGCGUUCGGAGACGCGUCGGUUGCGUUUUGGCGUUUGAAAUUGGCGCUGAGAAGCAACCCCCGCGAAUAUAUCGCAAUCUCGCGGGGCGUGAGCGGCAGUUGGGGUCGACGUUGUCGACGAUGGAGAGGGUCGGAAAAAAGGCUGAGAGAAUGCGGAAGGAAUAAAAACGACCAAGGAAGAAGAAACACAGAUGGCAACUCGAUGGGGGUGGUAGUCGUGGCCGUGGUUAACGAUAAGUUUCAGUCAGAAGAUAACAUUCGGAGGGAUGAGACUAUCAUGCAUGCACCUGUCAAGAUUACUUUUGCCAACUGUGAUAAAUAAUAAAUAAUACUAGACAAAAAUUGAAUAUACCAAAAAUCGUGAUCAGAUAACGUGAUUACUCAGAGUCAGUCAUGUAUUACUACGUUAUUUAUUUCACUAACAAAUAUUUUAUCAUUUAAAGAAGAGAACGGAGAAUACUGACCAAAGUAUACGUUUUCAACGUUUUCAUUGAAAACGCUUUGUUGAAAUAGGAGAAUAUAUAGACACAGAUUGAAAUCAUUAAUAAAUGUUGCGUAAGAAAACUUGAUAAUGGAGCUCAACAAUGUUGGGAGCAACAAAAGCUCCGUUUAUUUGGCGGUACGAUUCAGAAAAUUAUGCUUGGCUACCGUGUCGCUACCUCUGAUUGCUCUACUGGUCUGUUUCAUAACAGCAUACAUAUUUCAGCAGGACGAUAUUCAUGAAACGCAUUGCAGAGUGUAUAACAUAAUACCAUCAAUUUCGGCAAUAACAGGUGUAUCGCCUCAAAGAUAUUUAUGGCGGAUAAGCAUCGCUCUGCACAUAGGUCCCAGAAUAGUUAUCGCUAGCGUCUAUCGUUCCUAUUACCAUAGAAUUCUUAAGGCCGUCAAUGAUCUACCUAGAAAGAUUUUGGGAUUCAGGCUUCUGAAUCUUUGCUACUGGCUAAACCUUGCUGAGGUAGCAGCUCUAUGCGGAGUUACUUACAUUUCGAACAGAGAAAAUUAUCCCGUUCACGAGAAGAUCUUCAUAGUCUUCAUGUUCAGCUCACUAGCGUACAUGUUGGCAGCUGUUAGAUUAGGGCGCCUUGUAACGCCGAAUGCACCAAGCCUCCAAUACAAACAGGCCCUUUUCGUAAUCAGCAUCCUUAGCACGGUGGGUCUUGUGAUUUUCUUCCUGAAACAUCGCCUCUUGUGUCACGAUAUGGCAUUCAGCUGGUUUUCCCUGUGCGAGUACGUAAUAGCAUCGGCAAACAUGGGAUUUCACGUUACGGUCAUCCUGGAUUUCCCCAAAGAACAUCUUGUCGUUGGACACGGCCUACCCCCUUUGAAGGUGGAUUAACCCCUCUGGAUUGCAUAAGUCCAUCGAUAUUGUCCCAAAGUGCCUACUGCUUCUACCUGUUAACGCUACGAGUCUGCCUUUGUUAAGUAACAUCACGUUCACGUGCGACCUUCUUCAAAGGUAAACAAUGCACAAGUUCCGAUUAUAGACUAGAAUCCAUCGUAAUAUCGCUAUAUAUUGUUGUUAGAACGAUCGAUAUACAUUGUAAAAAAAGCUCCAUCUUUAAAUGUCUGCAUAUUAGUGAAAUUUUAAACAUUCGGAUAUAACGAUGACGAUUGUAGUUGAUAUUAUUCUAUUCUAAUUCAUAUAGAUAUACGAGUGCGCUCUGUUGUUACUUGGCCAAUUUUUAUUUCUCUUAGCGCAAGAUACACCGCUAUACACAUUUGUUUUAUCUACAUAUUUUCGUUUCGUUUGUGAUCUUGAUAGUUGGACGUUUAUAUACCUACUUAGUCACAAACUUUAGAUUCAUUGAAUCUUACAACUUGAAAGUGAAAAGUAAAAUAUUUCCUUUCGCGUCACGUUAGCGAAGUAGACCAAAUGUAUUAAAUGCCAUUCGCCAUUUCUGUGGCAAGACAGAAUUAAGUUAUAGACUCAUAGCGAUCACAGCAGCCACUUAACUUGCGUACAUAAACUAUGUUGCCAAUAAGAGAGUAAAUAAAGUUUGAAAAAUACAAUGAAUGAUAAUAUUGCAAUUAACAAUACAAAUUAUUUGACUAAAUUAGAAUCUAGCGCUUCCAAAGAGUGGCGAUGAGCAAUGGGCACUUGGCUGGGCAGUUAAAAAUACAUAUAAUGGCCUUCCGUUACUUAAACACUACAAAAAUAAUAUACCAAUAAAUAGUAAUAAUAAUAACAAAUUAAUAAUGUUAGAAGAAAACACUGAAAUGCAAUGAGAAAAAAUGCAUUUAGCAUUUAAGAAGGAAAACGUAUCACGAAUACUAUACUUACCCCGUUCAAUUCGUACGAACAAUGAGUUUCUGAAAAGUAUUAUCGAUAUAAACGACAGAUCGUUACUCGUUAGAGUUAAAAUAUUAUUUAUUAAUUUAUUAUUGUAGAUAAUUGUAGUCAACUGCGCAAUAUUUUGAACAAUUUUUGCAAGUGUGUUGCAUACUAGUCAAUUUACUAAUAAUGUUCUAGUCAAGGUGUUUGGUUUUAUUCCCUCAGAAUGAAAUAUCCAUUUAAACUUCGAGUAACGUUCAAAACGCAUCUUGCACCGUUUUUAGUAUUAUCUAUUUACUCACUUCAUUUAUUGAUGAUUUUAUACUCAUAACGGAUUCAGUAUUGUAGCAAUAAUUGGCAUAAAGUAAAAUUGGACACGGCUGGUUCGUCAAAACGUCACAUUAUCGUGAAACUAGAUAUUAAGUAACCAAUUCGGCACACGUUUAACUAAUAUUCGUACAAUCAAGACCAAAAUAUAACGUCCAAAAAUAUUUUCUUUCAUCAACGGUAUGAACUGUUGAUAAGAAAUAAAGAAUACGGAAUUGUAUUCUUUUUGUUUAUCGAAGCUGCAAAAAAAUUUGUAUGUUUUUUCUCCCUAUUGGGAAAGAUCAUUCGUUAUGCACCUAAUUUACAAUUAUGCCAAUAAAAUUUGUAGUAAGGAUUUAUUAUUGUCUACCGUAAAAUUAUUCGCCUUGUUGUUAUGCGAUGUUUAUUAAUUACUUUUACAAAAUUGUCAAUAAUUUUUCCCGUCUACUCGGUAACGAUGACAUUAAGUAUUGUGUAUUGUUAUUUCAUUAAACUUUCGGAGGCGAUACGUAUAAUUGUUCACAAUCGGGCAUUGUAAUUCGGAUUGCAAUUUGAAUAUUAAGGUAAACCGAUUUUGAACAGUUUCGGAGCUACGGAUCUUCGCAGCGCAGUUACUCCUUCAGUUCUGCUAGUUUGUACAUUAUAACAAUUUGAGCGAGAAUUUUUCUUCUAGAACUUAGUUUACAUGAUAUUUCUAGUCCAAACGUAACUGUAUACGUAGAAAGCACCGGCAAUUUGACCCUUUAGCCAAUGAAAGAAAGAAAAAGUUUUCUAGCAUCUAUAGAUAGGUACGUACGUUAACGUUGACGUAUGUACCUGUGCCUAAGUUAUACUGAUAUACAUACAUGAAUUUUGAAAGCGUAAAAUUGCAAGUAUCACGUUGCAGCCAUAUUCUGCAGAGCCUGCCUUUGCUCGUACUUAUUAUUCAUAAGAGCGUAUCUAGUUGCUAAAGGGUUUACGAUACAUCCGUUUUGCACAUUUUUACUAAAGAGUGUUAUAAGAUAGCAUGUUUUUAUAAAACGUGAUUUUCUUCUUCACUCGCCUGACCUCAAAAUAGAGACAUCUGUACGUAGCCAUGUAUGUAUACGUAUACACAUUACAUAAAAAUAUAGUAGGGUGUUACAAAGUAAAAAAAAAAAAAACGUAAAAAGUAAAACGAUAAUGGAACUCGUUUCAUCUAAGAUCGAACUGUCAAUGGCUAGGCCUCGGCAAAGAAUACAAAUACGAUAAAUGACAUCUCUAUCAAAAAAUUAUUCGGAAAACAUACCGAUUUUCAUUUUUAUAACACCUUAGGUAUAAGACUUUUAGUUUGACGGUAUACGUCGGCUUUCGUUAAUUAGCACUGUUGUAUGUAUAGCCUGAACUUUGUAGUUCGAUUAAGGAAAAAAAAAAAAGUUGCAUACUUCACUUCUCGCGGCUUCUUUGGGAGGAUAAAGUACGAGGUAUAAUCGUAGUUUGAAUU